GUACCUUUUUCAUAGGCUUUUUUGAGUUUGGGCAAGGACACGGGGGCCCCAUGAUCCCCUAUUGCCCAGGGGCCCCAUGAGUUGUCAGUCCACCCCUGGUCCAAUUACAGCUGAUCACAUCCCCAGCAGCGCCACCUUCAGUGUCAGCUCUCAGUGUUCAUCCAUGCCACCUGCCAGUGCCCAUCAGUGCCACAUCAAUGCCACAUAUCAGUGCCCAUCUGUGCUGCCUUUCAGUGUCACCCAUCAGUCCCAGUCAGUGCCACCUAUCAGUGUUGUGCCCAACAGUGCCAGUCAGUGCCGCCCAACAGUGCCAGUCAGUGCCGCCCAACAGUGCCAGUCAGUGCCGCCCAACAGUGCCAUAUAUGAGUGCUGCCUUUCAGUGCCCAUCAGUGAUGCCUGUGAAUGCCCAUCAGUGCCACCUACCAGUGCCUCCUCAUCAGUG